GCCAACGUAAUGCCCCAUUCAUCAACACAUUUACUGAUCAAAAGACAGAAAAGAAUGGCAGUGACUAAGGUGGCAUUGGUUGCUUCAAUGAUGGCUUGCAUGCUCAUAACAUGCUCUUAUGGUCAAACCUUCUUGACAUGUAAUCAAAUCGCUAUUUUGCUGUAUCCAUGCGUACCUUCUGCAAUUUUUGGAGUGAGUGUGCCAUCUUUGUGUUGCCAAGGUAUAAUCGCUCUGAAUGCAGCCUACAGGAGUGUGGAAGAUCGAAGAAGAGCAUGCCAAUGCAUCAAGGACAGAGCUGCACGCAUCAAUGGCAUUAACUAUGACCUUAUCAAUGAAAUUCCUGGAAUAUGUGGCUCUCGCUGUCCCUUCACGAUCUACCCUUCCACUAACUGUUCUGCUGUGCAGUAAGCAAGCAAUUAUCUGCAAGAGGGUGCAAUAUUAUUGUAUGAAUAAUGAAAAAAAGUUUAUAUGUGUGUAUUUAGAUAGAAGGAUAUAAAGACUAUGGAUCCAAUGAAUGUCUUCAAGUAUAUAUAUAAAUAUAUAAGCAAUACAUAUAUUUCCCUUUAAUUUAUCA